GUUGUCAGUCUCCCAGGCAGCGGAUGAGACCGUUUGGCGAAGAUGGCGGACUCGCUGUCGUCAGGUCUGGGAGACGAGAAAGAGAAGGAGAAGGAGGACAGGGAGAGGAGCGGACACGCUGCCAAAGCGGAGAAGAACAAGGAGAAAGACGAUGUCAGGGAGACGCUGAGUUCAAAAGAUAAAAAUGGCGGCAAUAUGGGCAAGAAACGCAACCUGUCAGACCUGUCUCUGGUCCGAUUUAUAACGACUGAGCUCACCAGAGGCUACUUCUUGGAACACAAUGAGGCCAAAUACACAGAGCGCAGAGAGAGGGUCUACACCUGCCUCCGCAUCCCCAAGGAGCUUGAGAAGUUGAUGACAUUCGGCUUCUUCCUCUGUCUGGAUGCCUUUCUAUAUGUUUUCACCCUGCUGCCUCUCAGGGUGAUUCUGGCCCUUUUACGGCUCCUCACUUUGCCUUGCUGUGGCCUCAGUGGCUCCCGCCUACUCCAACCAGCCCAGGUGUGUGAUGUGCUGAAAGGCUUUAUUAUGGUGCUGUGUUACUCUAUGAUGAGCUACGUGGAUUACUCCAUGAUGUACCAUCUGAUCAGGGGACAGUCUGUCAUCAAACUCUACAUCAUAUACAACAUGUUAGAGGUGGCAGACCGCCUCUUCUCAUCAUUUGGACAGGACAUCCUUGAUGCUCUGUACUGGACAGCAACAGAACCAAAGGAAAAGAAGCGCGCUCACAUAGGCGUGAUUCCACACUUCCUCAUGGCUGUGCUAUACGUCUUCCUCCAUGCCAUCCUCAUCAUGGUUCAGGCCACCACUCUCAACGUAGCCUUCAACUCUCACAACAAGUCUCUGCUCACCAUCAUGAUGUCAAAUAACUUUGUGGAGAUCAAAGGCAGUGUUUUCAAGAAGUUUGAAAAGAACAACCUCUUCCAGAUGUCAAACAGUGACAUAAAAGAGAGGUUCACCAACUACAUCCUCCUGCUCAUCGUCUGUCUGAGAAACAUGGAGCAGUUCUCCUGGAAUCCUGACCACUUGUGGGUGCUGUUUCCUGAUGUCGUCAUGGUGAUAGCAUCAGAGGUUGCGGUCGACAUUGUCAAGCAUGCCUUCAUCACCAAAUUCAACGACAUCAGUGCUGAUGUAUACGGGGAAUACAGAGCGAGUCUGGCCUUUGACCUCGUCAGCAGUCGACAGAAAAAUGCUUACACAGACUACAGCGACUCUGUAUCCAGAAGAAUGGGCUUCAUCCCGCUUCCACUAGCUCUACUGUUGAUCAGAGUAGUGAUGAGCUCUGUGAAGAUCCAGGGUUCGCUCUCUUUUAUGUGUGUCCUGCUGUUUUACCUGGGGAUGAUCACUCUGAAGGUGCUCAACAGCAUUGUUCUUCUGGGGAGGUCAUGUGUGUUUGUGAAAGAGGCCAACAUGGAAGAAAAGCUCUUUGACCCUCCACCCUCGGCUGUUUCCAGUCGUGUAAACUCCAGAGCUCACCGCACCAAACAUGUUCACAUUGUACCACAACCAGAUCCCACAAUCGACAAAGGUGGAAUACCACUUUCAUCACAUACUACUCAGCCUGCCAACAUGGCAGAGAGUGCCGCCCCUACGCUCCCAAAGAGCGACUCCGACACAUUCCUGACCACGCCAGAUGAGGAGGAAGACGAAAAAAUCAUCAAUGUCGACACUGGACUGGAAGGAGGUGGACUUGAACCCAGAACGCCCAAGAAAGAUUUGCUGGAAAUAGACCGAUUCACCAUCUGUGGCAACCGGAUAGACUGAAAGCCAUAUUCACAAGCAGUCAGUGUCCUGGCUAAAUAGUGAGUUCGGGGUUCAGACACAGGUCACGAGCAUGCUCAGACCAAACCGAUUUUUUGUGCCUGACCCCUGGAGUAUUUAUUUAUUUAUUACAGACAAAACCAGCCAAGGCAUUAAGCUGUUACUACAAGCCUAAAAGGCUGUUUCAGAUGUUUCCAUCUGUUCAAGUCAGAGCCCAGGAGCCAGGAAGACACUGAGGAAGGGUAUUGUGUGUCAUAACAACCUGCAGACUGCCUGAUGAUGAAGACUGGGGAAAAACUGGCAUCCACUGCUGGAGGAGAGCACGAAGAUGGAUACAUUUAAAGUUACAUAUGUGGGUCGCUGUGUGAUCCAAACAUCCAAAAUGACAGCUGGACUGUGCAAGUGUGUGUCCUAAAGCACAAUCCUGUCUACAGCGCAGAGAUAUUACUUGCUUUUUUUUUUUUUUUUUCUUUUUUCAGAUUGACUUUUGGGCUUUUUUUCCCCUUUAUUUGAUAGGACAGUAGAUAGGAAACCCGGCAGAGAGAGUGAGGACUGACAUGCGGGAAAGGGGCCACAGGUCAAACUCGAACCUGGCCGCCCACUAGGUGGACUAUAGCCUCUGUACAUGUUUUGUGACCUAACCACUAGGUCAUCUGCGUCCCGCAGAGUUGUUUUAAGAAAGAACAAAACUUGUCAACUUUUGUACUUUUUUAUUUUCAAAUCCUGAAAAUGUCUUAUAUUUUAAAUGGCGUUUUUAUGAAAAAUCAGGGGUUGUUUUUCCACACACAAUAUUUCAGCAAGCACACACUCAAAGCUCUGUUCAAGUUGAGUUAUCGCAAUGAGCCAAGAAGUUCAAAGCCUUUUGAUAUGGCAGAAAUGACACAGAAAACUGUCGUAUAUGAGUACAAGUCAUCAGUUGACAUGCUCAUGGGUUGGACGCAACAGUGACUUGACCUUUUUAGACAGAGGAAACAGGAUGGAGAUUUUAGUAUUGUGAAGUUUGUGUUGCGUGGUUACCCUGAGGCACUGAGAUACAAUGGUGCAUAUGUUUUUUUAAAAUGCCCUGAAUUUUUUUGGAGUUUACUCAAAACAAGAACAAUUUAGAAGGGUUUUAUUUUUUUUCAUAUGCUUCACAUUUACAUCAUUGUACAAACAUGUAACCUACAGGUAAUCAUGGUGUGUCAUCACUGUGUCCUUGGUAUCACUUCAAAUUUAGACUUUGUGGCACGGGCAUCCACUAAACAUGGUGACAAUUAUUUUGGAGAGCGAUUUAAAGAAAAAUAAGCUUACAUGUAUGCUGCUGUCUUUUAAGGAUACGUUUGAGAAACAUGAAGGAGAAUUGUACCAGCACUGUGAUCUUGUGAAAGCAGUAAACCCAGCUGUUUUCACAUGCCAAAAUCCUGUUAAAUUGGAAAAAUCAUGUCUGAUCUCAAAGAUUCCCGGCAUUUUUUGUUGCAGUUGGCUGCUGGCUUUGAUUGUUAGAACUCUGAAAAUGUAAGUUUACCAGUCAGUAAGAUGCUAUGAAACGGUCAGAUUAAUGGAGUGGAUAGUAUGGUGUACAGGAAUUAUGCAUCCUGUGCAAAAACUAGUUUCAGCAGGGGCUGCAUCUUUAAAUAUUUUCAUUCAUCCGUUAAGCUAAAGAUUGUUAAAUGGUGAUUAUUUUUUAAUUUUCAAAGUCCAACGUGACCACUGCAAAUAAGGUAUUUUGCCCAACCAAGGGUCCAAAACCCCCUUAACUUUCUGUCAUAAAUGACAAUAAAAGCUUCAGAUCUUUCCAUUUAAGAAGCUGAAACCGGCAUAUCCGACACAACCGUUUUAUCUGAAAAAUGACUUACACAUUAUAUAGAUAAUCAUUGUGUUCCUAUUAUUUUUCCAUUAAUAAAAACAAUACAUUGCAACUUUAGAUCAACUUGGUUUUACUCAAUAUUUUAUGCCAGUACCCUGAUUGCAUUCAGGACACAGCCCCACACCCUUAAAAAUCAUAUUAGUAUACAUGGUUAUUUUAACAUUUCAAACUAUUGUUCUGAUGUUCAAGCAGAGUCAUCAAGGACACACACACACACACACUGACAACCUUUAAGAAAUUGAUCUUUUUGCUGUGCAUUGAGUCAAUAGUCAAACCCAAGUUACAACUUUUUGUUCCCUAUAGGGAGGGUAGCUCCCCCCACAUUUUGUACUUUAUAAACAAAACAACAGACUUUAUGACGAGAUGUACAGUAUUUAUCUAUAUUAAUGAUUGUUUUAAGUUUUUAUACAAAAAUGAUACAUUUAUAUUUUUCAUGUGGAAUGCCUAACACGUUUGAGGAUGAUUCAUUUCAGGCUUCCUAGAAGCAGUCAGACUUGCAACUUGGAACAAAAUAUGUAAAACAAAAGUCUUCUUAGUGACAGCAGCAUAGGAUCAAAACAACCUGCAACCACACACACACACAUAUGUACACACACACUUUCUAUCACUCCUCCUCACUCUUUUACAUCUUCUGCAAGGAAAUAGUGGUUCAAAAAAAGGCCGGGGACAAGACACUGCUAAUGUUAUUGAAUAAUACAUGAGACCUUACUGUCAAAAGGAAGGUAAAUAACAGCCUUUUUUGAGGGAAGGAUUGAAGAGUGUGGAUUCAUCAUGGCAGUGUGUUUAUAUGCUUGUGUAAAAAUGUGUGUGAGAGUUAAUCUGCUCUGCAUGGAUGAAUCUCACAACCAAAAGUCAUUCUACAUGUACUGUAUACAUCUGAUUUUUCCCUCCCUUGUUUUUUUUUUUCAUGUGCAACCCAUCUAUGUAAUACAUCUCCUACAUGACAGAGGGAGAAUAAAACAAGGUAUCUGUUUUGUAA